GCGCCCCUGUCAAAAGUGUAGUGUUGGCCACACGCGCGCUGCACAAGAUGCUGGUGUACAUUACAGUGAAGGGCUGCUGAAGUCUGUUACGGAGUACUCAAGAAAACAAUUCUCUUCGACAUGGAGAUCACAGAUUCCACUUGUAUGGAGCACCUGGUGAAGGAGCUGAGUUUGCUUCUCAAGCUGCUGGAGAACGAGAGUGUGAGUUCAGCCACGGCGGAGAAGAUGAGUGUGGUCAGAAACUUGAUGAAACAGCUGCAGCCAUCCGUGAAUGGAUCUGACUUUAUAUACAUGAACACGUCUCUCUAUGGAAAUGGUACCAGCUUUGUUGAAUCUUUGUUCGAAGAAUUUGAUUGUGACCUGCAGGAUCUCAGGGACUCGCCUGAAGAGAUGAAGGAUGUGGAGCAAGAGGAGGCGUCCAAGCACUCGCCCACAAAAUCGAGUCCCACAGACACACCUCCUCCUCUUCCUACCACACCUCCUCCUGAUGAUUACUAUGAAGAAGCCGUCCCGCUCGGACCGGGCACAGCGCCCCAGUAUAUAACUACUCGCAAUAACUCCAGCCCUCCAAACUCAAUAGAGGAUGCUUAUUAUGAAGAUGCUGACAACAAUUACCCAACAACUCGUCUGAAUGGGGCCAGCAAAAACUCCUACAAUGAUUCAGAUGCACUCAGCAGUUCUUAUGAGUCCUACGAUGAAGAGGAUGAGGAAGCUAAAGGCAGAGAGAGGAGACACCAGUGGCCUACAGAGGAGAGUCCAGAUGGUCAAAUGAAAGACUGCCGCAAAUGUGCAUUCCUGCUUCGCAAGAAACGCUUCGGUCAAUGGGCUAAGCAGCUAACAAUAAUUCGCGAGAACAGACUUCAGUGCUUCAAGAAUCCCAAAGAUCGUUCUCCACACGUUGACCUCCCUCUGAAUCUCUGCAAUGUCAUCUAUGUGCCUAAAGAUGGACGCCGCAAGAAGCACGAGCUUCGUUUCUCCAUGCCAGGAGGAGAGGCGCUAGUGCUGGCUGUACAGAGCAAAGAACAGGCCGAGAGCUGGCUCAAGGUCAUUCAGGAAGUCAGUAACCUGGCAAACAGCAUUAAUGGAAAAGAGAGUUCAUCCUCGCCGAUGAUACUGCGAAAAAUAGAGCUGGAGAAGAUGAUGUCGCCAGAUAAACAUACUUCUGAUUCUGACAGCGCAGCCAAUGGAGAUGUCACCCGUGAGAUCUGUGACAACGGGAAGGGCAAAAAAGGGACAUUCUCUGAGCUGACUGGAUCGAUGAGUCGAGCCGCUGGCAAGAAAAUCAACCGCAUCAUCAGUUUCUCCAAGAAAAAGCCACCCCUACCGGGCGAAACCAGCACGCUUUUCCCCCUGGAUGACAAUCCCCGUUGUGGUUACUUGAAUGUCCUGGUCAACCAGUGUUGGAAGGAGCGCUGGUGUUGUGUGCGAAAUGGGACUCUGUAUCUCCAUAAGGACAGAGGGGACAUUCACACGCAUGUUAGUGCAUUAGGCCUCAAUGGUGUAGACGUCUUACCCGGUCUUGGACCCAAACAUCCUUUUGCCUUCCGCAUCAUGCGAGCGAGCACAGAAAUAGCCGCCCUGGAGGCGAGCUGUUCUGUGGAGAUGGGCCGCUGGCUGGGGGUUUUGUUGGCUGAAGCAGGCAGCGCCACCACCCCUGAGGCAUUGCAUUAUGACUAUGUGGAUGUGGACACCAUCAGCAGCAUCCAGAGCGCAGCACGACACUCUUUUCUGUGGGCGACCUCCUCUAGCAGCACCUCCACAGAUCCACGGACUUACGACGAAGUUCCCUAUGAAAGCAUAUUGGUAGAAGAAAAUCAGUCUAAACUGAAGCGUUAUUCCUCUAUGUCCAGUGUGGACACAGCCAAGGGUGACACACAGAUCACAGUGAAGCGACACGGUUCCUCUGUGAAUCACUACGGUAAAUAUGGAAAGACGAGGGCAGAAGAAGACGCACGGCGGUAUCUCAUUGAGAAAGAGCAGCUUGAGAAAGAAAAAGAAGUGAUCAGGAAGAGUCUGCUGUCACUGCGCUCAGAAAAGAGGGUGGUGAAGGAAGAGCUGAAAAAGGCAACAGAUAAACAGCAAAAGGCCAAGGAGCAGCGUCUGGCCCAGCUGGAGGAAAGCUGCCGUCAGAGGGAAGCUGAGCGAGUGGACCUGGAGCUGCGACUUACGGAGGUGAAGGAGAAACUGAAGAAGUCUCUUACUGGAGGAAUACUGGGGGCGCCUGUGGAAAGCAUACCCCCCAUUAAGGUUCCAGGCAAAAAAAAGGAAGAUAUUUACAAUGGUGCCACUGUGCCGGUCAAUUGUGCAUCUGAAAUGAAGAAACGCCCCCCGUCGAUAUAUGCAUCCACCAAAGGAAAUGUCAUGCAGAAAGCCAAGGAAUGGGAGUCAAAGAAAGUGAAGUAAUUAUAACAUUGUCAUCAGAGGAGGUUGAGGAUCCGUGGCUUUGGUUAGAGUGUUAAAGGAAUAGUUCACCCAAAAAUAAAAAUAUGCUUAACUUUUACUCUCAGACCAUCCAAGAUGUAGAUAAGUUUGUUUCUUGAUCAUAACAAAUUUGAGGAAAUUUAGCUUUUAACCUCACUUCCUCACCAAUGGAUCCUUUGCAGUGAAUGGGUGCCGUCAGAAUGAGAGUUUAAACAGCUGAUAAAAACAUCACAAUAAUCCACAAGUAAUCGACAUAGACUCCAGUCCAUCAAUGAACAUCACGAGAACACAAGGGGCAUGAGUCCAUGGUCUGCAGCUUUUAUUUUUGGUUAAACUAUUCAUUUAAGUAAAGAAGAGAUUGCAUCUGUGAUCAUCCUGUCUGUCCACUACACUGCACUUAUGCACGGGACAGCUGUAUUUGAAGGUAGUCUGUAAAUAAAAAUGAAUGUCAAAUAAAAUAAAAAAUUGCAUGAAGAUGCCAAGGAUAAGGGAAUGUUCAGGAAACAAAAGUGUUUUUAUAGACACUCUUUGUUUAAUACAAGAGUUAAAAUAGGUGCCUGAAUUAUAUGAAAAUUGUGUUCUAUGUCUUUUCACAUCUUACUGUAUAAAACCACAGGAUACUUAUGUGGCUUCCUGCUGUGCUGUUUUGAGAUACAGUGUUAAUGUCUCUCUCUUUUCCAUGUUAUGUGAAACUGAACUGCAUUCAAAUGAUUUUCCCUUUUGUUAACACUAGGGCACUUAAUUUACCAGAUUUAUUUAUUUCUAUUUUGUACAUAAAUCCAGUCUAUCAUUGUUUUUCUUUGCAACAUCUAGGUAUUUGUAUGUAAUAAAAAAUGUGUUCAAAA